AUGGCGAGCGCGGGGCUGCAGCUGGUGGGCUACUUCCUGGCGCUGGCCGGCUGGGUGGCCACCAUCUGCGCCUCGGCCCUGCCGCAGUGGAAGCAGAGCUCCUACUCCGGGGACGCCAUCAUCACCGCCGUCGGCCUCUACGAGGGCCUCUGGAUGACCUGCGCCUCCCAGAGCACCGGCCAGGUCCAGUGCAAGCUCCACGAGUCCCUGCUCUCGCUCGACGUGCACAUCCAGACCUCCCGAGCGCUGAUGGUGGUGUCCAUUCUGCUGGGCUUUGUGGGGGUCGUCGUCAGCGUAAUCGGAAUGAAGUGUACCAAAGUGGGGGACGAGAACCCUGUCACCAAAAGCUGGAUUGCCGUCUUGGGAGGAGUCUUCUUCUUGCUAGCAGGUCUCUGCACAAUGACGGCUGUUUCGUGGUAUGCGGCGCGGGUGACGGUCGAAUUCUUCAACCCAAGCACACCGGUCAAUGCCAGGUAUGAAUUUGGGCCUGCCCUGUUCGUUGGGUGGUCAGCAGCCAGUUUGGUCCUAUUGGGAGGGUCCUUCUUGUCCUGUUCGUGCCCCAGACCUGAAGACAGAGGGCAACAGUACUACCGGCAGGCGCAGCCUUCGACAACGAGAGAACCCACUAUAAAAAGAGGGAAUGAGUCUGUAUAAUACCUUCACUUCUAUCCAAGGGAAAGAAGUAUUUAUCUCUUGAGUAUUCCCUUCAGAGAGACCAAAUAUGACUGUGUCAAGGAUUUUUUUUUAAUGCGCGCCCAAAACCAUUUUCUGUGUUGUACUAAAAACUGAGGCUGAGAUCUGUUCUUCUUCUAAUUUAAACUUUGUAUUAACUUUUCCAUUGCAGCAUAUAUACUGCUUGACUGCUCUGAAUUUCAGAUACCUUUUGGCUCUAAUGGUUUGUACUAAAAUGUGUCAUAUUAAAAUAUGUUUGGGCAGUUGCCGGCUUUUUAAAA